AUGGCCGCGGCAGGCGCGAGGGCGCAGAAGCCUGUAGGCUCUGCAGCGUGGAUCUCAACCGAAAAGGAAAAUUUUAUGCAGCUGGUGGAUCAGGAAAUGGAGGAGAUUGAAUACCCAGUGCGCCAUGAGAUGGAUUGGCUGAAUGAACAUAUGGCCGAGGUUUUCUCCAACAACCAAUCCAAUUUCGCAGAUGUCUUCAAAACCCCGGGAAAGCUACGAGGUAAAACGCCUCGUACAGUGCGGAAGCGGGAUGCGAACGAAUCUCGAGUGCCCUUGAGCGAGAUCUUCUCAUCCGCAAACAACAACAGCAAGACGGAGAAUAAAUUCAGUGUUAGCCCGGCUGUUCAGCGCUCACCAACCAAGCCCGUCACUGCGGCUGCAGGCCCAGCUACUGCGACGGAAGCCAAGAAGACCACGGAGAACACAUCACAACCAGAGUACCCAGAUCUGACCCAGAACCUCAACUCCUUCCCGCAAUACAACACGGACUCGGGCUACCAUGGCAUGCCGGAAGACGAGAGGGACGAAGAAGAGGAAGAAGACGAUGUGGUCCUCACACAAGUGCAGCCCGAGUCGCAGUCCUCUACUCAGCCCAUGGAUCAAGAGCCUAUUGCUGCCGAAGAGCAACUCCACCAACCGCAUGAAGAACGCCGUACUACAGGGGCGUCUUUCCACUCCGCUCGCGAGGAUGUGCACCAGCGCGAAGAAACAGUUGAGCCUGAGGUAACUGAAUCAUCGCCUAAGCGGAAUGUUAGCACAAGUCCUCAGAAGCAAAAGUCACCGACGAAGGAUACAGAGGAUGUUGAUGAGGCGCCACGGCAACCUGAGGAGGAACCUGAAGAUAAGAUUAUGUCAGACGUGGACUCAGAACAAGAGCCGGCGUCGGAGUCGGCGCGUAAGGGCAUCGUUGAGCUGGAACCUGAACAUGCGCCGGAACCAGAGGCAAAACCAAGCGCUCAGGCCCAUCAAGAACCCGAACCUGAAGAAGAGCCCGAAGCCACGCCCAGACGCGAAUCCCCGCCCACGGAGAAAGCCGCACCAAAGCCAGUAUCUAGUCCGCUUAAGGAUACGAAGUCGAGCCCGCCAACAAAUGCAACUUCGCAACCUCGAGAACAUCACCAGGACGACCAAGAUGACGCAAAUGACGACAUGGCCCUCGAUAGUCUCGAUGAAAUCGGCUCACCUUCGGAAGGAUCUCCAGUACGCCCGCCGAUUCGCAAAAGCAGUCUCACUUUUGCAUCACUCCCAGCUCGCGAACCGCUGACGAAGAAGAGCCUGGGAGGCUCGAGAAUUUCCCGCACGAGCCAUCUCGACCUUAACAAGCUUAGUAGCGCCGGGGGUUAUCUGGGCAGACAGACCGGUGGGCAUCGGACGACCCAGCAUGUUGCGGAGGACAGCAAUAUCCAUGACGACAGGAUGGAUAUCGAUGACAAGAAAGAUGCCACAGAGGAAAAUAGAGAUGCCGAGACUAGAGCCAGCAAGCUUCACAACAAGUCAUCGACUCAACUCCUACACGAGAAAAUCAGCAUGCUCGGCAAGCUUCAGCCUUCUCGACCUACCAAGUCCAUUCCUUCUGUCCCUGGCUUGUCGACUGCGCAGGUGACAUACCCUGAACUUCCCACUGCCAAAUCCGAAGCCAAGCAGGAGCCAUCCGGCCCGAAGCCUCGCGAGACCCCGGCCCCUGACUCUGCCGCUGAUGACGACUGGAUCAAGCCACUGAAUUCGCCCUACCGGCCAGAUGUACGUGCCAGCCAGAAAGCUGGUAGCUUGGGCAAACAUUCCGUUGCUCGGAUAGCCCGAGGUGGUGAGGAAGACCGUCCUUCCGUUGAUAGGGAUCGAGAUGUCCAUCCCACGGAGGAGCCGAGAACUAGCUCUAAGCACGCCUCAGAUGCAGCUCGCGGAAAGUCGUCAACACCGUCCUACUCAUCACCACAGCGACCUGCCCAUCAGAAGAGUGCGUCUGCAAAUCUUGAUAACCAGAUGUCCACAACCCCGGUUGGCUCACCGGCCGAGCGCUACGAUGGUCCGAUAAGUGCAUCCAAAUCGCGGCUUCAGUCUAUCGUGCAAUCCGCCAAGGGCCUUUUCAUGAAUACUGGGGGUGUUACAGCUGCCGCCAGAGUCGAAUCUGCUUCUCCGGACCAACCGAGAUUGAGACAUACAGGACGAUUGGACACAGAUCGUAAUAGGGAAAGCCAGCGGCCGCAGUCGACACAGCCUCCGAGCCCUCCACGCCAAGAAGGCCGCCGGACGCGCAGCUCCACUGAAAGAGAGGAGAAGCGCAGACAGAAGGAGCUUGAAGACCGCCAGAAGGAAGAGGAGCAGGCGGAGAGAGCCCGGCAACUGGAGAAACAGAGAACCAUGAAACUCAAGGCGCCACAGGAGAAGCCGACCGCUGACCCUGAAGCUCGCGCGCCAACCACCGAGUCAGCUACCGUGUUGCCGACGCAAAAGACAUCGCACCUACAGAAACCAUCCAAGGAACCAGAGCCUAGCAUCGAAGCCGGACCCAAACUUGUCGCACCAAGUUCCGUCUCACAGCAGCAAUCAUCAAAGCAAAAUGAACGUCGCCCUCUCAAGCCGGCUCGCGAGGUCCAGAAACCGAAGCCUCAGCCCGUGUCAAUUCGCGUCGGCAGCGCACUCUCCCGGCAAAUGCCGCUAGCGUCGCAAGUCUCUUCCAACACUCGAGAGUCUAGCGUCCCUGCACCAACUCCAGCCUCGGCUUCCAAACCGUCGACUCUGAAGAAGAAGGCUAGCAAUACCUCAUUACACACAGCCUCUUCUAACAGCAGUUUCAGGAGCUCUAUAUCCAGUCAGUCGCAGAGAAAAGCCCAACUUGCAAGUGAGAGGAAGAGAGAGCAAGAGGAGCGCGAAGCAAGACGCCGGGAGGAGCAGAGACGCGAAUUGGAGCGGAAGCGUGCCGCUCAGCAGCAAGAAGAAGCUCGUCGUCAGGAGAUGCGCAGUCGAGCGGAGGCUGAGCGCCGGGAGCGUCUUGCUGCCGAGGAUCCAAAGAAGGCCGCCCACAUGCAAGCCAUUGAAAAACGCCGUUUGGAGAAUCAGCGCAGACUAGAGCGCCAGGGAAGCCAGCAGCCCGAGGCAAGCCAACGCAGCGAGCUUGGUGCAGCUAGACCAGCCUCACGACUGGGCUCGAUUCAGCCGUUCAAUCGGUCAAUUAACCAGCCCCAACCCAACCCCGCUAAACCGCCCAAGAGAGGGCUUGAUGACGAAGCCAACCACCGACCGACAGCACCGAAGUCUGCUACCAUGCAGCCGUCGGGCGAGACCAAACGUAGGAGGACAGAGGAUGAGCAAAGCCGCAUGUCCUCUAUGCGUCCGGCGAUGGCUCCGCCGAUCCGUCAAUCGAACAUUCGUAAGCCGUCCAUUUUUGGUCAUACACAGCCUUCUGUUGCACAUCAAUCCGGCUCCUCAAUCUUCAAGACGGGUCAGGCCCAGCGACCCGGGCAUCCACUGGAUAUGGCCAAAUACGCCAGUGGCAAGAUCCCCUUUGCGGAACCCCCCAGCGUGCAGCCGGCUGCACACCGAACUCCUGCCGCCGCUAGUGCGUCUCAAAAGGCACCGGUCAAGGAGUCACCGAAGUAUCCGAAUGGUGAGAACAUCAACCUUCCCGAGAUUGCGACCGACAGUGAGGACGAGGACUCGGAUGCGGAGAUGCUUCCCGUGCCCAAGUGGGCCCAGCCCAAGGAACUGGAAUCACUCCUGCGCCAGCAGGAAGGCAUGGAGGUGGAUUCUAUUUUCGGCCCUAUUGCUCCCUUCUCCCUGGAGGAGACAUUCAAGUCGGACAAGAAGAUCAAGAAGUUCCGUGAGCGUACGAGUAGCGCGAACUGGUCUGGCGCCGAUGGGCUGACACAGGACGAAAUCCGACGUGACCUUGCUGAGCGGCAGCGUCUGCGCCUCAACGGUGGUUGGUCCUUUAAUGGAUAA